AUGUCCGAAGAAAUCGAAGUAGAAGUUGAUGUUAUUUCAAAUAGAAUGAUUGUUGAUGAUUCUGAUACUGAUGUUGAUGCCGACGAGGAUAUUAACAAUACUGAUGAUAUUGUUACUGAAAAUGUAAAUAGCUCUGUACGUAGUGCUGCUUGGAUGUAUUUUAAGCUGGAUAAAAAAAACAGUAAAAAAGCAAUCUGCAAUCUUUGUGCCCGAGUUUUAAGUUUACCUACAGGAACCACUUCACCAAUGUUUAAUCAUCUCCGAGCGAAACAUGAAGAUGAUUAUAAAAAAUGUCUCGAAGAAAAAAAUCGAAAACGCAAGAAUGCUGAUGGCGAUCAAGAAGAAAAAACAAAAAAACAAAAACAAAGUUCUCUGUCUGUUCCAGAAAAACAAGAAAUUGAUCAGCUCAUCAUGGAAAUGAUUGCAAUUGAUUUAAAACCAUUCUCUUGUGUUGAGGAUCGCGGAUUUAGAAAUCUGUUGAAAAAAUUGUCUCCUGACUAUGAACCACCAUGUCGGACAACAUUUUCCCGCAGUCUCGCUCUUAUUCUUUAUCAUAAAACCAAACAAAAAUUAAUCGCGGAAUUAAGUAGAGAAAUAGAAUCAGGCCUUAUGAGCCUUUCAUUCACAACAGAUUGUUGGAAAUCUAAAGCCAAUGAUUCUUACAUUUCGUUGACUUUACACUACUUAACUGCUGAUUUUUCUCCAAAAAAUAUUAUGCUGAACAUAAAACAAUUACUUGAUCGACACACUGGUAGUAACCUUAAAAAUCACUUAUCAAACAUGAUGUCCGAAUGGGAUCUAUCACAAGUUAAUAACGUACCGAUUUUUUUUAUCACGGAUAAUGCUCGCAAUAUAUCAUCUGCAAUUUCUCAGUUAGAAGCGAUACAUUUUUAUUGCUUUGCACAUACACUUCAGCUGGUAUUGAAGGAUGCUGAGACGUCGACUCCUGGCGUAGGGGAAUUAUUAUCUAAAUUCCGAAAGAUUGCUGGUCACUUCCAUCGUUCAGAUCCAGCGCGACGCAAAUUUGAAGAAGCACAGAGCGCGAUAAAUAAUUCUGAGCCUUUACAACUGAUUCAAAUGGUCACCACUCGAUGGAAUUCUGAAUACGAAAUGCUAGAACGGAUGCAAAGAUUACAAAAACCUUUGUCAACAGUUCUAGCUGAAUCAAGAGAUUCAGAAUCUAUAUCAGGCACUGAAUGGGCCACAGUGAAUUAUUUAUUAAAAGUGAUGAAGCCUUUGUAUGAUGCUACUCAAAUGUCAUGUGGCGUUAAAUACCCGACGUUAUCAAUGGUUAAACCUUUGCUAUAUGGCAUCAUGAAAGGUUUAAAAAAAAUCGAAUUUGAUUAUGAGGAAGAAGCAGAAGUAGGGAGAGAAUUUGCGGAUAAUAUUUUAAAUAAUCUCGACGUUAGAUUUUCAGAGGUCGAACAUGAUAUUAUGUUUAAAAAAAGUACUUAUUUAGAUCCUAGAUACAAGAAUUACUUUUAUGAUGAAGACGAGAUCGAGAUUAUUGAGGAAGACAUAAAGCAAGAGAUUUUUAAUAAAUGA